AUGACCGAGUUGAACAAGAGCUCUUUUCAGCAAGAGAAGUCUACUUCGGAUCAUGCCCUCACACCUCAUCAUAGUGUUCAUGCACUGGAGGUCGAAAUCACUGAACAGGAUCGGCAAAGGCUGUUAAGAAAGAUCGACUUUCACAUUUUGCCUUUCAUUUCCCUCCUCUACUUGCUGUCUUUCUUGGACCGUGCCAACAUAGGCAAUGCGAGAAUUGCGGGGAUGGCUGUCGAUGCUAAAUUGACGGGUUUGAGAUAUAAUAUCGCAGCUGUUUUUUUCAUCCCAUACGCUCUCUUUGAAGUCCCUUCAAAUAUCUGCUUAAAGCUUUUCCGACCUUCAAUAUGGAUUCCAUCAAUCAUGAUUGCUUGGGGGUUGAUUAUGACGCUUAUGUGCCUCUGCAACACUUAUCACUCCCUAAUUAUUGCUCGCAUCUUCUUGGGAUUGGCCGAAGCUGGCCUAUUUCCAGGGAUCACGUUUUAUCUAUCACUUUGGUACAAACGACGAGACGUCGCCAAAAGAAUUGCAAUAUUUUUUUCUGCGGCCACUGUUGCUGGUGCCAUCUUUGGGCUCAGAUAUGGCAUUGAAAGGAUGGAGGGUAUCGGAGGCCUUCAUGGGUGGCAAUGGAUAUUCUGCCUUGAAGGAAUCGCCACCGUUCUCGUGGCCUUUGCCUCCUACUUCUUCAUGCACGAUUUUCCGGAAACGGCGACGUUUCUGACUGAUGAAGAAAGGGCGGUGAUUGUUGCAAUGCUGAAAGAAGAUACCCAAGGUCUGGCAACAGAUUACAAGUCAAAAUUUGUAUGGCAAGCUAUUUCCGAUUAUAAAACCUAUAUUCAGAUAGGAAUAUACAUGGGGUUGCUAAUACCGGUCUAUGCAAUCUCUCUCUUCACGCCCACUAUCAUAAAUAAACUUGGCUUCUCUUCCGCCAACGCCCAACUCUUAACCAUCCCUCCAUUCGCUGCAGGCUGUAUCGCAACUAUUGCAGUCGGGAUUUAUUCUGAUAAGCUUAAUCUGCGGGGACCCUUUGUCAUCGCUGGCGCCUUGGUAUCGCUUAUCGGAUACAUUGUUUUGUACACUCAAUCCGCACCCGGAGUAUCAUACUUCGGUGCCAUUUUGGCGGCAGUCGGCGUCUUCCCCACAAUCGCUGUGGAUCUCGCAUGGGCAGGCUCAGCCGCGGGUGGAGAUACGUGUAAAGGCGUUGUUCUCGCACUUGUGAUUGGACUUGGUAACCUUGGAGGAAUUUGCUCAUCUUUCAUUUAUAUCACCCCCCCUCGCUUCCAUAUCGGUCACGGCACCAUCAUGGGUUGGCUAUCACUCUCCGUCUUGUUGAGCUUUUUUGCAAUGUGGGAUUACAACAGAUUGAACAAGAGAAAUAUCGCUAUUUGCCAACGCGAUGGAAUUGACGACAAGCAACAGGAGAAUUACAGGGAUGUAGGUAACGAUAGCCCGCUAUUUAGGUACGUGGUAGUUUUUCUAUGGUGA